AUGAGUGUUGUGAGGACGUGUAUGUAUUUUCUUGUUUUAUCAAUGAGUUUUCAUUCGGCAGUAGGCAAGCCUUUAUUCGGCACAUGGUUUUGGUGUGAGUUCUUCUGUGAUGACGACGACGAUGUGAGCACAACAAGCACUAGUACGGAAGACUAUUUUGAUGACUUAUUCGGGUCGUGUGAUGACUGCCCAACGAGUCGAACUUCAACACGACGACCUUCAACAGACAGACCGAACCCCAAUAUGGCUCCUAUUAGCUUCAUGAUUCCUCCUAUGACUGGCAUGGGUGUUACUGUGUCAAAUAGAAACGGCACAUGGCUCAUGAAUCUUUCACCUUGGAGUUCGCCUUCUACCACGGCAACACCAGCAGCCGCUGCCACCACCGCCGCUGCAACCACAGCGGGAACUGGUGGUACCACCGUUGCUACGACUACCGCUUAG